AUUAAUUAUUGUGACAAAAUGAGUUGUGAAAAAAAAAUGGGAAAGAAGGUUUAUGAGUAAUAAUGUUCACCCCUCGUCUAAAACAUUAUCUCUCUACAAACAUGCAGCUUUAUCAUACCACUGAUACUAAACUGGCAUGAAUCACUGACUUCACACUAUUUCAACAGGAGUUAGGGUUGAUGAUAACACCAGAACAAAUAGCUGAAAUGGAGGCAAAUGUUGAUGAUAUUUCUUUUGAAGCGGCUGCGGAGGAAGAAAAAGCCACUCGUCAUGAUGUAAUGGCUCAUGUUCAUGUUUUCGGGAAACAAUGUCCAAAAGCCGCGCCAAUAAUACACCUCGGAGCUACGAGUUGUUAUGUCGGAGAUAAUACGGAUCUUCUUGUUCUUCGGAAGGGCUUUGACAUUCUUAUGCCGAAAUUAAUCGGAGUUAUAUCCCGAUUGAGUAAAUUUGCCGAAGAAUACCGAUCCUUGCCAACUCUUGGUUUUACUCACCUCCAACCAGCUCAACUGACAACUGUCGGUAAAAGAACCACUCUUUGGUUACAUGAUUUAUUAAUGGAUGAAAGAGCACUACGACGUGCCAGGAAUGACCUCAAGUUUCGGGGCGUAAAGGGAACAACGGGAACUCAAGCAUCAUUUCUUCAAUUAUUUAAUGCCUGA